GCUCAGGCCUCCUCUCUGCCCACUGCACUCACUACUACGGUACAUCAGAGAUGAGAAGGAUUAGGUGACAAGAGAGCAGCGUUUGUUUUCACCCCAGAGAAGAGAGGAAGGAAAGGGGAGCGGCCAUGGAGUCGAAGUAAGUGGGAUGUUUGGGAUUUAAAGAUGGAGAGGAGGAAAGAGGUGCUGGGUAAGAGGAAGAGGGACUCCUAUGUCAGAGUUUUAGGAUGGCCACUGAAGGCUCCACUAUUCCCAGCCCCGUGGUCCGCCAGAUUGACAAGCAGUUCUUGAUCUGCAGCAUAUGUCUGGACCGCUACGAGAACCCCAAAGUACUGCCCUGUCUACACACCUUCUGUGAGAGGUGCCUGCAGAAUUACAUCCCGGCCCACAGCCUCACACUGUCGUGCCCUGUGUGCCGCCAGACCUCGAUCCUGCCGGAGAAAGGUGUGGCGGCCUUGCAGAAUAACUUCUUCAUCACCAACCUGAUGGACGUGCUGCAGCGGACGCCGGCCAGCUGCAGCCAGGAGGCCGCAGCUCUCAACAACAUCACCACCGUGGCUACAGGCCAACUGCUCUCCUGCCCCAACCAUGGAGGCAACGUCAUGGAGUUCUACUGUCCGCCCUGUGAGACGGCCAUGUGUCAGGAGUGUACGAGUGGAGAACAUGGAGAACAUCCAACUGUGCCUCUUAAAGACGUGGUGGAACAACACAAGGCCUCGUUACAGGACCAGCUAGACGCUGUCAAGAAGAGGCUGCCAGAGAUCGACUCAGGGCUGCAGACGCUGUCGGAGAUCCUGCAGCAGCUGACCAAUCAAAAGAGCUCCAUUGAGGACGGCAUCCACACCACCUUUGACGAGCUGCAGAAGACUCUGAAUGUCCGCAAGAGCGUCUUACUGAUGGAGCUGGAGGUCAACUACGGCCUCAAGCAGAAGGUUCUCCAAGCCCAGCUGGAUACUCUGAUGCAGGGCCAGGAGGGCAUCAACAGCAGCUGUAACUUCACGGAGCAGGCCCUGAGCCACGGCACCGAGGCCGAGGUGCUGCUGGUGAAGAAGCAGAUGAGCGAGCGUCUCGUGGAGCUGGCCAGACAGGAGUUUCCUCUGCAGCCGGGAGAGAACGACCAGCUGGACUUCAUCGUGGAGACGGAGGGACUGAAGAAGUCCAUCCACAACCUGGGCACUAUUGUGACGACCAACGCAGUGGCCUCUGAGACUGUGGCGACGGGCGAAGGGUUACGACACUGUGUGGUGGGCGUCCCCACCUCCAUCACCAUAACGACCAAGGACAAAGACAGAGAGCUGUGUAAAAUGGGCAACGCAGUCAUCACCGCUGAAAUGUUCUCACCUGAUGGCAGCAAAGGUGAAGGGGAGAUACUGGACAACAAGAACGGCACUUACGAGUACCUGUUCACGGCUCCUAAAGAGGGGACUUUUAAUUUAUCGCUGCGUUUAUAUGACCAACAUAUCAAAGGAAGCCCCUUUAAGAUUAAGGCCACCAAAUCCAUAGAUGUGUCGCAAAGUUCAGACGGCGUCAAGAAGAGGCUGAAGUCUCCGGGCAGCGGACACAUCAAGCAGAAGGCCAUCAAGAGACCGGCCAGCAUGUACAGCACAGGGAGGAGGAAAGAGAACCCCAUCGAGGAUGACCUCAUCUUCAGAAUCGGCACAAAGGGAAGAAACAAAGGGGAGUUCACUAACCUGCAGGGAGUCGCUGCCUCUUCUCUGGGAAAGGUGCUGAUAGCCGACAGCAACAACCAGUGUGUCCAGAUUUUCUCCAACGAAGGCCAGUUCAAAAGUCGUUUUGGCGUGCGCGGCAGGACUCCGGGUCAACUGCAGCGGCCGACCGGAGUGGCCAUCCACCCAAACGGUGACAUCAUCAUUGCAGACUACGACAACAAAUGGGUCAGCAUCUUUUCAAGUGAAGGCAAGUUCAAGAGCAAGAUUGGCUCGGGGAAGCUGAUGGGCCCUAAAGGCGUGUCGGUGGACAGAAACGGCCACAUCAUCGUGGUGGACAACAAGGCCUGCUGCGUCUUCAUCUUCCAGCUCAACGGCAAGCUGGUCACCAAGUUCGGUAACCGAGGCAACGGCGACAGGCAGUUUGCAGGUACACUCAACGGACCUCACUUUGCUGCUGUCAACAACAACAAUGAAAUAAUUGUGACAGAUUUCCACAACCACUCAGUCAAGGUGUUCAACACAGAAGGUGAAUUCUUGCUGAAGUUUGGUUCGAACGGCGAGGGCAACGGCCAGUUCAACGCCCCCACAGGAGUGGCAGUGGAUGUCAAUGGAAACAUCAUCGUAGCCGACUGGGGCAACAGCAGGAUACAGGUGUUUGAUGGCAGCGGUUCGUUCUUGUCCUAUAUCAACACGUCAGCAGACCCUCUGUACGGCCCACAGGGUCUGGCUCUCACCUCAGACGGACAUGUUGUUGUUGCAGAUUCUGGAAACCACUGCUUCAAAAUCUACCGCUAUUUGCAGUAGCCCUUUUUCUCUCUGCGCACAAACUGUACAUACUGUGUAUAGACACACACACACACACACACACACACACACACACACACACACACACACACACACACACACACACACACACACAUGCACUCAUUAAUAUGGAGCGACCGGCAGAUUUGCACUCACCCAUGAAUCAUGUUGUUCCAUCUGAGUGACUGUGACAUCCCGAUAGAGAGAAUUAAUUGUGGUUUGAAUGAAGUGAGAGGAUCUAUUCAUAACUUUGUUCAACUUCCAUCUAAAUUACACAGAUUUUAAAUAAAUAAAGCAUAAGUAUUGUACAUAUGUUAGACCUUUUUAUUUGCUGUGAUGUGGUGAGAAAACUGGAAAAAAAUAAAGCUAUUGCACUUGUUCCUAAAGAUACUGGUUGGACACUGUCAAGGGAGAUGGAAAUUAAAGGAAAGACUUAUCUAAGUCACCUGAAAAGUUACGGGAAUUCUAGUUCCAGCGACUGCAGCUUCCUGUUAAAUGAUUCCUGUUAAAUGCUCUUAAGAGUACUCACAUUUUGCCUGUUCAAUAUUAGAGAAAAGUAUUCCACCCACUGUAGGUAGCAGGGUAUUUAGAGCAUGAUUAGGCAUCUCUGUGCAUGUUGUCUUUACUAAUAAACACCAGAAAAGCUGCUGUGCACAUUAUAUGAAUAUGUUUUAAGCUGACAAAAUCACAAAAAUAAACUUUGAAUGGAAGAACAGUUUCAAUUACAAUACUUAUAUCUACUAUGUGAAAAUGACUGGUCCAUGUAGUUCGUAAUCACUUUAGAUUAAUACACAUGUGGUUAUUAAAGUAUGCUGUAACUUCUACUUAAUUGUUUUUUCUAAAAACACACAGUGCGUUUGUGUGUGCAGGACAGUAGUGAUUGUGUUGUGAUCAAUUAAGGUACCAAACAAAAGCCACUUGAUAUGUUGACUUUUAAAUCUGGUAUGAUUAUGUGCAAACGUCUCAACAGCUGAAAUGCUGAAAAUAAAGUCAGUCCUCAGACACAUCAGUGAAAAGGUUUGUUCAUCAUGCUGCAAUGCAGGUUAAAUCAAUAAUCAGACGGAGAGCUGUGAUCACCUUCACCCCUUUGAACAUGCUCUUAUGUCUUUCCAAAAUAAAUCUGUAGAACUACUAACAAGUUGUAUUUCAGUGAACAAAAAACAAUGUGUCCAUUGUCAAAAUAUGCAAUAUGUAGUUCAACAGUUGAGGUGUGUGUUAUAAAAAAUGCACUAAUCUCCAUUUUCUACACAAAUGAUUUGUUUCCAUUGUCUUGUUUAUAUUUGUAAUGCCAAAUGGAAUUAAAGUGCC